AUGAAGCCAGUUGUGUUAUUCGCACUCGUUUGCCUAUCGGCGUUACUCAUCAACGAUGUGAUCGCACAGAAAAAGUUGGAUAAGCUUCUGGAAAAACCCGACACCGUCGAAGAUGAUCUCGAGGAUGAUGACGACGACGAUGAGGACGAUGGCGAGGAUCCGGAAACAGCGGAACGUCUGCCACACGAACGGAACCAGGGUCCACUCUUCGAACGGCAGCCCCUCGACGUGACCGUCGUUCUUGAUCGCAACGGACCGCCGGAUUUCCUGCAAUGCUCAGCCAGUCAGACGUUUUCCAUUCGAGUGAAAUGUUCGAGCCAGGAUCCAUCGCAAAGCGGUCAUGCUGGAGACCUCGACGUGUUCCCGCUGACCGCGAGGACCAUUUCGGAUUUCGUACAUCCCUACUCAGGAAUACGACAGAUGGAAAUCCAGGCGGAGAUCGGCGAUACAGUUCUGCAUCGUUUCCAUAUCGACAGGAAAAAUCAUAACGUCACCUUGUAUUGCGCCUGCCAAGCGCUGAGUUCGAAAGGACAUUCAACGUCGAGGGUCGCCACGGUGAAGUUCACAACAGAUCCGAGCAGAGCUGAGAAACCGCAGCAGAGAACGAUAUCGUUCGGGGAAAAAGUCCUGCUCGAGUGUCCAGUGGGUCAAGUGGUCAAGAAGUCGCCGAAGGGAACCGAAACUUUGACGUUCUGGCACUUGAAUGGAGCCCCGCUUCUCUUCGACGACAACGUCAAUCCCGAAGGUGACGAUCUUCUCAUUCUUCGCGCCAAAGUCGAGAACGAGGGCAAUUACACUUGUGGCAUAAAAACUAUCGCGGCCAACGGAAAAGAACAAGUCCGGCUCGGUGAAACCGUUUCUAUCCUGGUCAGAGCGAAUGGUAGUUGGUCGCCGUGGGGAGCCUGGAGCGAAUGUUCUUCCAAAUGCGGAAGAGGCCACCGGAGCCGUACAAGGUCGUGCACGAACCCUCCUCCACGGAACGGGGGAAAAGAUUGUUAUGGGAAUUACAUCGAGAAAAGCGAGUGCGUCUCAUCGAGGAGGGAUUGUGCGGCUUCCAAAGAGAAGGGCAUCGAGGACACCGCAGAUAUAUGGACCCCGUGGUCAGCUUGGUCGGAGUGCGGACCCAACUGCAGGAGGCAUCGUCAGCGUCGAUGCACCUUCGCAGUCGGUCGGCCAAGCAGGAAGUCGGCUCUAUGCGAAGAGAAGGAGGAUCACAUGUCCGAGCCGUGUACAGGAGGGGAAUGCCGACUCGGGCUCACUUUCCCGCCUCCACCCCCCAUGCACGGGAUGGAUAACAACAACAUCCAUGAGCAUCCGGCAGGUGGACACGAACAAGGAUUCAUCGUCUCCAACUUGGGAAGUGUUCAAGCAGUCGCCAUGGUGAUAGGAAUGGCCUUGGCUGCCAUCAUUCUAGCCUUCACCUUCAUCAUCGCGAUUCGUUUUUGGCCGCGAGAUGAAGCGAUUCACAAUAAACGACAACCGCACCAUCCCUACGCCAGCGUACCGGUGAAUGCUCUCGCAGCCCUACCCGCGGACGUUAUGAGUCUGGAUUCGCGUCAUCAAGAAUACCUGGUCGAGAGAAAAAUGGAUCCUGCCGUUACGAUACCUCUCCUCCAACAACUGUAUACUCCGAAUAUCUGUGCAGCUUCGUUGACGCCGAUGCAGAUGCGUGCGACAUUCACGCAGCGGUCACACACGCCGAGUUCCACGAGCAAAACCACCCGGAGCGAAAGCGGUUCUCAGCACAGCGGAGGCCUUUGCGGCCAGGAAUACGAUCUCAUCUACGACACGAUUCCCGAUGAGGGUUCAGAAAACGUGUCAAUCAGCCAGAAAUCCGCCUUCACCGCAAGCGCUGUCAUCGGUCCGGAAGGAGGUCGCAUUUCGCUUGAUCACCUCGGAGUGUCUCUGACGCUCCCUCCCGGUGCCGUGAGCCUGAAUAAGAAGAAAAUUUUCGUGUCCGUUCUGAACAGUAGUCGGGACCUCCCUAACUGGCUCAAGGAUAAGUUCAGUGUCCUCAGUGCAGUCGUCGAAUGUGGACCUCCGGAUGUCGUUCUCGCUCGCCCGGCGAUUUUGACGUUCGACCAUUGCGCAUGCGAGCCUGCCAAAUGGAAUGUCCAUCUCAUGUCGUGCGUUCAGGGCUCGAAUAGAAAUUAUUCGAGUUGGAAGAAAAAACUCUCCUUAGAGGCUCCCGAGUCCUCGACAGACAUUCUUUGUCACGUCGAUGAGAACGUUUGUCACAUCCAGACGGAUCAUCUGGCUUCCUUCGUGCUAUGUGGCGAAUCUAAGCUGAAUACUUUCGCUACCAAGUCCUCAACCGUUUUGGCCUUCCUCUCUAAGCGGAGAGGCGUAAAUCAAAGAGAGCGUACACUCAAAGUCCACUGCGUAGAGGACACCAAGGCGUCCGUGCAGACGGUUCUAGCCCUCCACGAAGAAAAUUACACGCUGGUUGAAAGUCCAAAAACGAUGCAAUUACACGACGGCGGAGCGAACCUCUGCGUCGCGCUCGACGAGGAGACCCUACCACCCGGAUGGGAGACCGAAUCAUGCGGCUCCUUGCAAGAAAUACCGUUCAGGAAAGUCUGGAGCACGCUGCAGAGUGCCCACUGCUCAUUUACCCUUACGUGUCCGAAUACGACCUCUUUUUCGGCACAUGACGUGCCGCUCGAGUGCAGGAUAACGGUAUAUCAAAGAGGGAAUCAAUCUCAUCGACAAGUUCUCAAUCUCAAUUCUUCGACUGCGUGGCCCAUAUACAGAAACUUCUUCGAGACGGUGGCGACGCCCAAGAGCGCCGUCAAAAAAGUCGAUGGUUUCAGGCUUUCGAAAGAUUGCCGCAAAAAAUUAUCCGAUUUGUUGGACCCUGUCAGGGACGACGGUCGCGAUUGGAGGAAACUCGCUCAGCAUCUAGGAAUGAACAACAGGAACCUGAUAUACUUCGCUCAGAAAGCUAGUCCUACAUCACAUCUUCUGGAUCUUUGGGAGGCGAGUCGGCGAGGGGUCGAAGCGCCCACGAACUUAUUGCUGCUCGUGAGAUCUCUCGGUCGACCCGAAGUUAUUUCAGCAGCUGAGGACCUGCUCGGAGCUUGGGUGUGA